AUGGUCGAUGCUUUUGAGAACGAGAGCGGGCUUGCCUCGACGGCGCCUCGGCCGAUUCGCAAGAAAUUCGCCAAACCUCCCGUCAAGGUAGCCUGUUUGCCUUGUCGCGCCUCGAGAACACGCUGUUGCGGGCAGGAACCCUGUGCCAAUUGCGUCGCCAAAGGCCGAAAGUGCUCGUACCUGCCUAGCAAACGAGGCGGGCCACGCAAGAAGAAGCAAAAGGUUUCUUCCCCGUCGCCGGACGAAGAGCUGAAGGAGGAGGAUGCCCAGUAUGCUGUGGAUCCCUCCGGGGAUUUCGACGAGCGGCCGGGGAUGUUUAGUCAAAUCGACGUGCUCUCUCUACCGGGCGCAGGUUUGCGGCAUCUGGAUUUCCCGCAAGUGGCCUCAAUAUUCCAGGGCUUCUAUGCGGGGGAUGAGAGUCCGUCCCAUGUCCACAUGGAGCCUAUGCCAUCCCUCAUGAGCACGACGUCGUGUCUGGUGAGAACCUACGGGAGCGAAGCAGAAAUUUUGAACGCCUAUUACGAUUUCAUCCACUAUUAUUUUCCCAUCUUGCCACCCCGGGUAUUACCACAACGUCAGGACCGACCAUUGCACUGCCCUGUCUCCCCAAGUCCGUCAUCAGAGCCGCUCAUGAUGUAUCGGCCCCGUUCGCCUUUGAGCCUUGCGAUAUCGGCAAUCCUGGCAUUGAUUCCGCACCCCGACGACCCGGAACCUUCCUCGCCGGCAUCUGUCGUUCAACGCAGGACGUACGCGCAUGCAUUUGCCCAACUAGCCAAUUCGGUCAUCGAGACGGAGUGUGAUCUUGAAUUGUCCUCAACUCACCCUGGACAGGCAUUAUCAAGCGCACGGCCGUCGGUAACCCGAGAUAGGCUUCAUCCCUUGACUCCGGAGGAUCUUGAGACUCUUCUGGCUCUACUCAUCCUCUCAGUGUACGAGUACUCACAACGGGGAAAUCUUCUCAAGAUGAGAUAUCGUGCCGGUCAAGCUUUGGCUCUUGCUCUGGAUAAGUCCCUUCAUUCCUGCAUGGACAGUGAUGACUUCGCUGAAGCUCGCCGGAGGGCUUGGUGGAUGACGUAUUAUUGUGUCAUUCAAGGUUCCAUUGUGAGCAUAACUCCUCCGACGAUCGUCAUCAAUGACCCGCAGUUUACAACACCAUACCCACAUUUCGAUUCAGAUGCUGAGGGCUGGUCAAUUCUUAUACAGGCACAACAAGUCUUGAUAUCAGCUACUCAGUUCAUCUCCGAUCUGAAUAAAAGUCUUACCUCACAGUCGGGUCUCCAUUACAUGUUUGAACGGAUGCAGCAGCUCGAUUCCUGGACGAAUUCUGUGCUCGCGCAGACAGAUAUGCUCCCAUUGGUCUCUCGACAUCCAGACUUUGACGAUCGCCAUGAAACAAUAACUGCUCAAACCAUACGAACCAUAUCCCGGAUCAAACUGUCAAGUGCACAAAUCAAGACCCAUCGCUUCAGAGCCUUCUCCGACAUCCCCAUCUUCAUCAAAAGACAUUGCGACCUAACGGCUGCAAACCCAAGCAACGCAUCAACAGACCUAAUCACAAAACCUGCCGUCCAGGGGUCAGGGAUCAACAACAUCUCCUGCUCAUGCAGCCACCUCGACCACUUCCAACGCGCUUCUUCCACUGAAUACAUGACACCCUCAGACUCUUCUACUUCAUCCGACAUCCACCCCUAUCUCCCGGCAUAUCCGCAGUAUCCUUUCGCCUCCGGGUUCCCUUACAGUCCACAACAAUGCGCAAAGAUCUGUCUGCGAGCCGCGCUCGUCAUUUCCAGUGCAUUUGAGUCCUUGCCCUAUCCUCAGCCAUUAUCCGAAGGUCGGCAGCAACAUCAAUCGAGUCGCCCACUAUCUCGGACUAUGCCCUCGUUCGCCUGUUGCCUAAUGCAAAGCAGCUACGCAAUGCUCAUGAUCUUUUACAAGGCACGAGUGGCCAAGCAGCUCUCGCCCGGUGCGGAAACUGAACUCGCAAGUGAUUCGACCGAUCAGCUGAUGGAAGAGCUACGGCGGGGCCUGGAACGAAUUAUUGCAGCUGUGUCAAAUUAUUCGUAUGCUUUUGAGGCAAUGGAUGGGAUGAGAGACGAAAUUCAAGGUGCAUAUCAAACGGCGUUUUCUACUACAUCUGUUUAG